AUUUUAAUUAGUCGAAACUCCAAAUCAUACAGCUGAGGCCGAAAGCACAUGCGAAUUGUUUGGCGCCCUCAACUUGACGCCACGAAUCUCUCUUCCUCUCUCGUUUUGUGGGCAGAAAGAAACGAAAACCUAAACAAUUGAUGCUCUUUCAAAAGGAAACAUUUCUCUAAUGUCACCAACGCAUACCAAUACCAAUUCCGAUACGCAAUUGAGGAUACAAGAACGAGCUCUUUCCGCAGCCGGUGCCGCCUUCGUGUCUGCUAUCAUUGUUAAUCCCCUCGAUGUCGCCAAGACAAGACUUCAAGCACAAGCUGCAGGUGUUCCCUACCAAGGUGUUUGUCAAAUGGCACCUUUUCAAACGAACACGACGCCACACGAUAUUAGAUGUUCUGCAGUUUCUAGCUCUGAGCCACCGCUGCCUUGUCCUUCCGUGUGUAACCGCUAUAAAGGAACAUUAGAUGUUCUUUACAAGGUUACACGUCAGGAAGGCUUUCCGAGAUUAUGGAGAGGCACAAGUGCAAGUUUAGCGUUGGCUGUGCCAACUGUUGGAAUCUACAUGCCUUGUUAUGAUAUUUUACGCAACAUGGUGGAGGAUUUUACAACUCAGAAUGCUCCAAAUUUAACACCUUAUGUUCCAUUAGUUGCGGGAUCAGUUGCACGCUCAUUAGCUUGCAUUUCUUGUUAUCCUGUGGAACUUGCAAGGACUCGCAUGCAGGCGUUUAGAGCAACCCAAAGUGGCAAGCCUCCAGGAGUGUGGAAGACAUUGCUUGGAGUCAUUCACCCUGACAAGGGCACAAAUAUUUUUCAAAGCUUACAUAGGUAUCGUUUUUGGUGGACUGGUCUUGGAGCACAACUUUCUCGUGAUGUUCCAUAUUCUGCUAUUUGCUGGUCAACCCUUGAGCCAAUUAGGAAAAGCAUUCUUGGCCUAGCGGGUGAUAGAGCAAGUGCAGCCACUGUCCUUGGAGCAAAUUUUUCUGCUGGUUUUGUUGCAGGAACUUUAGCAUCAGCUGCCACAUGUCCACUGGAUGUGGCAAAAACUCGACGACAAAUAGAGAAAGAUCCUGAAAGAGCAUUAAAGAUGACAACAAGAACAACAUUACUUGAGAUUUGGAGGGAUGGAGGAUUGAGAGGGCUAUUUACAGGUGUUGCUCCCCGUGUAGGCCGCGCUGGUCCAUCAGUUGGGAUAGUUGUCUCUUUUUAUGAAGUUGUCAAGUAUGUCUUGCAGCUUAGACAUCCCACUUAAUAGAAUAUACUUGCAUUUUUACUUUUUUACUCGAGGCUUUUAACUACAUUUGUAAAGGUUAGCAUAGUAGUGAAUUACAUCAAAGACAUCAAUUUCUCUUGCCCAGAAGAAUCAUGUUCCUGACAUUUCAAGAAGUCAACAGAACACUCAGCAGUGAACACCUGUUAAUAAGUAAUAAUUCCAAUAAUUGUCUUUCUCGUGCCUAGAUUCCCUUUGGAUACACAUUGUGUAUAUUUUUCAUUGCAACAUUUGCAACAUUACUAGGAUUGUUAAUUACUGCCUUUAUGCGAAUUGUGACAGAGUCGAUCUUGUCAGCAAGGUCAUUAGCAAUAGGUUUUGUUUUGUUUGAAUAUGAAUUCACGCAAUUCUUGUAUUUUAUGAAUUAUCAUAAUAACAUUAUCCAGGAUAAUCAA